GAGACGAGGUGGAUAUGAGCAGCUGCGUGAGCUUCUCUCCCUCUCAGCCCAAGCGCCUGAUUGACAGAUUAAAUAACAGCCAUGUCCAGGUGUCUGAUUCCCAAAGCGGACGUGAAGACGUUCAUUCAGCAAUGCAUGGUGGCCGUCAAGACAAAGCCGGCGCAUGCCAAGGCCCUGGCCGACGUGCUGGUGGAGGGCGACUACCGCGGCCACUACAGCCACGGCCUCAACCGCAUGGACAUGUACGUGAAGGACAUCAAGUCGGGCAUCUGCGAGAAGGAUGGGGAACCAACGAUUGAGAAGGAAACCGCAGCCACCGCCCUCGUGAAUGGAAACAAUUUGCUUGGGCCGGUUGUGGGCAGCUUCUGCAUGGACCUGGCCAUCAAGAAGGCCAAGGAGAGUGGCGUUGGAUGGGUGGUGGCCCGGGGUUCAAAUCAUUAUGGAAUCGCUGGCUUCUACUCCAUGCAAGCGCUGGAGCAAGGCAUGAUGGGAAUGAGCUUCACGAACACCUCUCCGCUGGUUGUGCCAACGAGAGGGAUGCAGUGCACUCUGGGAACAAACCCCAUCAGCGUGGCGGCACCAGCUGGGAAGGACGACAGCUUCGUGCUGGACAUGGCCACGUCAGCCGUUGCACUGGGCAAGGUCGAGUUGCAUGCGCGCAACCAGCAGACGAUUCCCGAGGGCUGGGGCUGCGACGCGAAGGGCGCCGUCACGCAGGACCCGCAGAAGGUGCUGGACGGAGGAGGCCUUCUGGCCCUGGGAGGAACCGAAGCCACAGGAGGCUACAAGGGCUACGGCCUGGGCAUGAUGGUGGAGGUCUUCUGCGGCAUCAUGGCUGGUGCUACCUACAGCAAGAAUGUCCGCACCUGGAGGGAGACCAACCGCGUGGCCGACCUCGGGCAGUGUUUCGUCGCCGUCAAUCUCAGCUGCUUUGCGCCAGGCUUCGAGUCUCGCAUGGCUGACCUCUUGAGCAUCCACCGCCACUUGCCGCCGGCGCCUGGGGCCACCAGCGUGCUGGUGCCUGGCGACCCGGAGCGCCAGCACAUCGCCGAGUGCGAGGGCAAGGGCGGCAUCCCCUACUCUGUGCACGUCGUGAGCCACAUGAACAAUGUGGCGAAAGAGCUGGGCGUUGCACCCCUGCCAGUGUCAGUGAUGGACAAAUGAAUAACAAAGUGCAUCGGACACAAAAGUGGGAUUGUACGCAAAGAGCUUUAAAUCAUUCGCUAUCGUCUGGUUCCGCAAUGUGGGUGUUGAUGAACGUAGGAAUGCGUUGUACGUUUCUACUAAAUGGGGGGGGGGGGGGGGGGUGUGAUAGUGGAAGUGCUUAGGUUGGCAUUCAAUUUGUGCUUUGGACAAGUCGACGACUUUUUUGGGUUUUACAGACAUCCGCUGCGUUUUAAUGUCAUGCAGUACGGCAAGAGGCGAGUCGUGCUGUGGUUGUACACUGCAGCCCCCCUCGGGAUGUUUCCGCUGUUGGCACAGCGCGUCGUUCGGCACGACGUCCCACGUUUGGCUCCGUGUCCUUAGAAGCUUUUUCAGGAACCGAAGAGGCUGAAGAGCCAGCGUCAUUAUUGUUGUAAAAAUUACAAUAAAAAAACCCACUGUGGAGAGCCCUUGUCAAAAUGCUUCAUAAAAUCUUAUUCGAUCCAAUGAUACAUUUGAUAAUCUCUUAACGGUGAACAAACCCAAUGCCUGGUGCUACUCUGAAGAUUGUAUCUUGUUAACACUGUUUCUUCGUAAAAAAAAGUGUACAUUUAGAAAUGAAAUGAACACUAAAUACGCUCAACUUUAAGUGUGAAGAAACAAUUUAUAUGUUGUAGUUAUGUACAUUGGAAAUUAAAAAGUAUUGUGGUAGGCAUCUUCAUAUUCUGUUGCUAAAAUUAACAAUAUAGUAUUGGAUUAUGUUUUAAGAUGACAUACAGCAGUAUAACAAUUUCAGUAUGGAAUUAUAAUAGAUUUACUUUCAGUUUAAUGAGCAAUCGCAUUGUAAUUGGCUUAAUUGCUGCAGCAUAGAACUAUCAGUUUAUUAUUAUCUGACGACAUGAACCACCAAAGUUGUUCAGAGGUAGUGAGCUGCUCGCAAAUUGAAGGUUGUGACUUGGGCAAUCAUCCCUCUGGGAUUGACAAAUAUUACUACGACUUUGUGGGGUAGUCAACGCUGUUUAUCCUUUUCAAUGACUGAAUGGCGUUCAAAAAAACUCACAAGCCAACACCUCGUGAAAGACCCAAGACAGAAGAUCCCUGGUUUUUAUCUUCAACGAACCUCGUGGUCCACCCUCAACCGCAUCCGCACAAAUCAUGGCAGACGCGGAUACCUGAUGCACAAAUGUAAAAGUAAAAAGUCGCCAGUGUGCGACCGUGGUAAUCCAGAACUAACCAUAACACGCAUAACGAUGAAAUGCCCGGUCCACAAGUACUGAGGCAUCACAGCGCCACUACUACGCUGGCUACUGUUGUAGUUCUAGAGUUGAAGCUUUCGUGACUGCAAGGAUUCAUUUUUCGGUAAAAAUAAGUAACGAAAAGAUUUGUAUUUAUUUAAUAAAUAUAUUUAGUCUAUAAAAUAAAUUAUGAAAUAAUAAAAAGAAAACAGAUAGUAGAAAUAAAAUUAUUAUUUUAUUUCUAUUACCUUUAUAUGUUGUGGUUAUUUGUCUUGACCACCUGAAUGUGAAAUAGUAGUUGUUGCUCUGCAUCUCCAUCAGCCGUACGCAAGAAGAAGACCCCUUUAUAUCCCCACAGACACCGAUAGACCCCACUGACCCCAUACUCGCUCUAUAAGACCAUGAUCCACUUCGGCACUUGUAGAGCAAUCGUUGCCAACAAUCAUCACUGGCAUUGGUUGCCGCAGAAUUUCCGAUUGUUUAAAAUGGUGUUACACGAAAAUCUAGACACACCUAAUCGCAGCGUCCCCUUGUGGGCAACUGGGAUAUCAACUUGAAUCAGCUCACAGAUGUAGAUCAUUUGACUGCCCGACGUCAGACCCUCUUCAUUUGAUAAAAAAAAUACGUAUUGGCGGUACACAGGUGCAGCAUAAUACACCAGUCCUCGUAAAACAGAGUGACGACGUCGCUACUGCCUUUGAGUGAGCCGCAGACUCCCCAUCAGAAUUUGCCUUCGAUUCAGCUACUGCUUUCCCAUUUGAACGUGUGGUGACACCACGAGUCAUAAUCUUUUGAUAACACGAAAUGAUUGCGGAGAUGAAUCGAGGAACGGUCCGGCCAAGUCUCAGGGCACGAGAGUCAAAUCUGCCUUUGGGACACGGAGCAGCCAAUCGUCAUCAGGCUCGGUGCUGCAUUACGGCAACAGACUGUGAAGCUUCGUUCUUUGGUUUUUUCGGUAAAGU